CUGCGCGGCCAGUCGACGCAAUGAACGUUCCAGCACCAACGGGGACCCAUGGCGUGAGGAAGGACGACAGCGUGAUCCCGUCGGCUGAAGAAUUACUAGAGUACGAGGGGAGUCCGCUGUGGCGCGACCUCGUGGCCAGGUGCCAGAGAGCGGCGGUGUGGGUCGUGUCGCUGGGAGCGGUGCCUCGACAUGUGUGCCUAGUGCCCGACGGCCACCGACGCUUCUCCAGGGACACCAGCACCGACCUGCGCCGGGUGUACGCAGUCGGAGCACACAAGUACGCCAAGAUGCGUGAAUGGUGGUUCCGUGCCGGGGUAGAAGUGCUAAGCGUCUUCAUGUUCAGCGUGCGCAACUUCAGCCGCAACACUUUCGACAUGACAUCUGCACUGAACCAGGCCAAUCAGAUACACGUCGAUAUCGUGGACAAUGUGGACGCGUUCCGCGCUAUGGGAAUGCAAUCCUGCGCCUGCGGUGACCUCGAGCGGCUGCCCGAGGAACUGCGCGCCAGUCUGGCCCGCGCUGAGAUCGCCACAUCGAACAUACGCGAGAAGAGCCUCAAAAGACAGGUGUCCUGCGCCGCUUACAACACCACGUACCAGAUGUCCCGCAUGGCUCAGCACUUGGCCAAGGCCGUCAGAGGAGGAUACAUCCACACCGAGGACCUGACCGCCGAAUUCCUGGACGAGUACGUGGCCCUGACCGAGUGUCCGUCGGCCGAGCUGCUUCUGCGCUCGGCGGGCGACCAGCGCUUCAGCGACUUCGAGGUGCUGCAGUGCAACUACGCCUACUUCCACCUGGGCGCCAAGAAGUGGCCCGCCGUGGGGUUCCCCGACUGGUUUCGAGCCAUGAUCGAGUUCCAGCUGAUGUGGCCCGCCAUACAGGCUGUCAAGGAGAAGCACGUUAAGAUGGCAUCCUAUGGCAGCGGCAGAUCGGACCCCGAGCAAGUCAUACGUCAGCGCAAGUUCCAACGGCACGUCCACGCUGCCAACAUCCUCAACAUGGAACGCCUCGCCGGCCUCCACGAAGGUCUGAUCUGCCAAUAAAAUAGUACUGCAAAUCGAA